AUGUCCAACGAAAAAUACCAAGAUAACGCGGACGUCAUCCAGCCUAGCAGCUCAGGCACCGACUCCAUCGCGGAGGAGAAAGUGCAGGCGGUGGUAUCAAUGACGCAGGAGCAGAUCGGUGACGUGGAAAACGUGAUCUCGACCAUUGUAUCGCCCUCGGGCAGGGAGGUCAAGAUCACGGGCAAUGUUGACGAUGCGAUGCGGUUGGCGCUGGAGUCAAAGGACCUGGAGAUCACCCCCGAGGAAGAUCGCCGCCUGGUGCGCAAAAUCGACCUCUACAUGUUUCCGCUACUGUGUUUGUUAUACGCUAUCCAGUUCAUGGACAAGAUUUCUAAUGGUUCCGCCGCCAUUAUGGGUCUCAGAGAGGACCUCAAGAUGCACGGCGACCAGUAUUCGUGGGUAGGGUCGGCUUUCUACUUCGGCUACCUAUUUUUCAACCUGGGUCCGGGCCAAUUGAUUUUCCAGAAGACGCGCUGGCUGGCCAAGACUCUGGGAGUUUUUGUCGUAAUCUGGGGUAUGUUUCUAGCGCUGCACGCCGCCCCCUCUGUCAACUACGCUUCUUUCAUUUUCCUGCGUGUCUUGUUGGGCUGUGCCGAGAGUAUGGUCACCCCAUGUUUCACCAUCAUCACAUCUCAAUACUGGAAGAAGGAGGAGCAAUUCAUGAGAGUGUGCUUGUGGUUUGGUUUCAAUGGUCUUGGUGGUAUCUGGGCCAACGCUAUGGCGUACGGUCUUUACAUUAGAAAGGACUCCUACUCCAUCGAGGCCUGGAGAGUUCUUUUCAUCGUCACAGGUCUCAUCACCAUUUUUGUAGGAUUCCUCAUCUUCUUCCACAUCCCUGACGACCCAUCCAAGGCUUGGUUCUUGACCGAACGCGAAAAGCUGAUGGUGGUUGAGAGAAUUAGAGAAAACCAACAGGGUUUUGGCAACCACCGCAUUAAAAAAUAUCAGAUCAAGGAAGCUUUCACUGAUAUCAGAACUUGGUUAUACUUCUUGUUCUCGGUCGGCAACAACAUUCCAAACGGUGGUUUGACAAACUUUAUUAACAUUUUGAUUAAGAACGAGCUCGGCUAUGACACUAAGAAAACCUUGCUUAUGACUAUGCCUACAGGUGCUGUUGAGUUAGUCGCAUGUCCAUUGUUCGGCUACCUAUCUAUUUUAUGUGCUAAGAAGAAAGUUCCAUUCUUGCAGCACAGAACUGCCUGGGGUAUCAUAGCCUCGAGUAUUGCUGUGAUGGCUACCUGUAUGCUCGCCUUUGCUGACAAUUCCAAGAACGCUAAACUUGCAGGUGCUUAUCUUCUUUACGUGGCUCCACUAUCGUUUAUCUGCAUUCUUUCUAUCAUCAGUUCUAACACUCUGGGAUACACGAAGAAGUGGACUGUCUCAUCUAUUAACCUUGUUGCUUAUGCCUCAUCCAACUUGGCUGGCCCUCAAACUUUUAUUGCGAAGCAGGCGCCCAGCUACAAUGGUGCAAAGAUUGCCAUGGUUGUGUGUUACUGUAGUACAGUUGUGGUCUUGAGUGCUCUAUACUAUCUCAACUUUCAAGAGAACAAGAGAAGAGAUCGGAUUGCUGCUGAGAGAGGUCCAGAAAAAACGGUCGUAGAGAACAUGGAGUUCGCGGAUUUGACCGACUUGGAGAACCCUCACUUCAGAUACGCACUGUAA